AAGUCGACGGCUUUUGUGUGUGGUCAAAAACACGUCAUCACAGCACGUGAGAAUUUAUGAUUAAAUCAUCUCAUUUUUGGACAAGAAUGACCAAAUGUGAUCUUAUUUAAUAGACCAGCAAUGAGACUCUGUCAAAAGCGUUAACAUCACAUUUAGUGAACGCGGAAGAUGUCAUCUAGACCUCGAGAAGAUUUGGAUAGUCAGUCUCCAGUAAGCAAGAAGCUUCGACUUGACCCUGAGUCACAGGUGCCACUAGCGGAACAGUCAAAUAACUCAGUUGGUUCAUCAGGGAAAAACGCCAUGGCUAAGAACGGGACCGGGACAGACGGCAUUGAUGAGGGUCUGUACUCCAGACAACUGUAUGUUCUCGGUCACGAUGCUAUGAAGCGAAUGAACCGUUCAGACGUGCUCAUCUCUGGUAUGGGAGGCCUCGGUGUUGAGAUCGCUAAAAAUAUCGUGCUUGGAGGCGUCAAGUCACUCACAAUCCACGACGAAGGAAAUGUAACGAUAGAAAAUCUCGCCUCACAGUUUUUCUUUAGCGCUGCUGAUGUCGGCAAGAAUCGAGCACUGGUGACAGAACCCAAGUUGGCCGAGUUAAAUUCUUACGUACCCGUCAAGGCAGAGAACAGGCCACUGGCAGAGGACUUCAUCAGUAAAUUCACCGUGAUUGUAUUGACCAAGAGUAGUCUAGAAGCUCAGCUGAAGAUAGGAGACUUUUGCCACUCUAAGGGAAUCCAUCUCAUCAUUGCCGACACUAGGGGACUAUUCGGACAGGUGUUCUGUGACUUUGGAGAUGACUUUACUGUUAUUGAUGUCAAUGGGGAAGAGCCACUCACCUCUAUGAUAUCUGCAAUUACUAAGGAAAAGGAAUGUGUUGUGACAUGUCUGGAUGAGAGUCGUCAUGGAUUUGAAUCUGGAGACUACGUCAGCUUCACAGAAAUUCAGGGCAUGACUGAGUUGAAUGACAGCGAACCAAGGAAAGUCAAGGUACUAGGCCCAUACACAUUCAGUAUUGGUGACACAUCAGGGUUGUCUGACUAUGUACGUGGAGGAAUCGUCAAACAAGUCAAGAUGCCACAGAAAGUCAACUUUAAACCGCUUCGGCAGUCCUUAGCAGAACCGGAGCAUGUCAUAACAGAUUAUGCUAAGUUUGAUCGACCAGGUCAACUUCAUAUAGGAUGGCAGGCUCUACACAAAUUUGAAAAAGACUGCGGAACAUUACCUCGACCUAGAAACAAGGAUGACGCCAGUAAAUUCUUGGAGUUUGCCAAGGAGAUCAACAGCCAGGCAUCAGAAGCAUCUAAGCAGGGAGAGUUAGAUGAGAAGUUACAAUCCCACCUGGCCAGUAACGCCACUGGUGAUCUCUGUCCGAUGCAGGCUUUUAUUGGUGGUAUUACAGCCCAAGAGGUCAUGAAGGCCUGUAGUGGUAAAUUUAAUCCUAUCCAUCAAUGGAUGUACUUUGAUGCUCUUGAAUGCCUACCUGAAGAUGAUCCUGAGGGUCUCACUGAGGAGGAUUGUAAACAGACCAACUGUCGAUACGAUGCCCAGGUCGCCGUUUUCGGUUCAGCCUUUCAGACGAAGCUGACACAGCUGAAGUAUUUCAUGGUCGGGGCUGGAGCCAUCGGCUGUGAACUCCUCAAGAACUUUGCCAUGAUGGGGGUUGGCUGCAGUCCGGAGGGUAAAGUGACCGUCACUGACAUGGACAUCAUUGAGAAGUCCAACCUCAACAGGCAGUUUCUCUUCAGAUCGCACGACGUGCAGAGCCCAAAGUCGAGUACAGCGGCCAAAGCAGCUUUACAAAUGAAUCCUGACGCUAAUAUUACCGCUCAUCUUAACCGAGUCGGACCGGAAACGGAAAAUGUCUACAGUGAUGACUUCUUUGAGGGACUAGACGGCGUUGCAAACGCUCUGGAUAAUAUUGAUGCACGUAUGUACAUGGAUCGGCGUUGUGUCUACUAUCGUAAAUCACUCCUAGAGUCUGGUACCCUUGGUACUAAGGGUAAUGUACAAGUAGUUCUACCUUUCAUGACGGAGUCCUACUCAUCGUCUCAAGAUCCACCAGAGAAAUCUAUCCCCAUCUGUACCCUCAAGAAUUUCCCUAAUGCUAUCGAGCAUACUAUCCAAUGGGCUAGGGACGAGUUUGAAGGACUGUUCCGUAAUCCUGCGGAGAAUGUACAGCAGUAUAUACAUGAUCCUAAGUUUAUGGAGAGGACAAUGAAACUACCUGGAAUGCAGCCGGUGGAGACCUUCCAGAAUCUGAAGACGGCUCUUAUCGACGAUAAACCCUCUAACUUAGAAGACUGCAUCGCCUAUGCCAGAAAUCGCUUUGAAGAAAUGUACACCAAUCAAAUCAAACAACUACUCUUCAAUUUCCCAAAGGAUCAGAUUACUUCAUCAGGUGCACCAUUUUGGUCAGGACCAAAGAGAUGUCCACACAUGCUAAAGUUUGAUGAAUCCAAUCCUGCUCACAUUGAUUACAUCAUAGCAGCAGCCAACUUACGAGCCUUUACCUACAACAUACCUCAGAAUAGAGAUCCUGCAUUUGUGAUCAAAGCGCUCAAAGGUGUAAAGGUCAGGGAGUUUAUUCCAAGGUCUGGUGUAAAGAUUGAUGUGACGGACGCCGAAGCUCAAGCAUCUGCCCAGGUAUCGGCAGAUGAGGCACAGCUCAAAGACAUUCUAAAUGCAUUACCAUCCCCCGCUAGCCUCAAGGACUUCAAGAUUAUCCCUGUAGAUUUUGAGAAGGAUGAUGAUACUAACCUACAUAUGGAUUUCAUUGUCGCUGCAUCAAACUUUAGAGCAGAGAAUUAUGAUAUAGCACCUGCAGACAAACACAAGACGAAGCUGAUAGCAGGUAAGAUCAUCCCAGCUAUAGCAACAACCACCUCCGUUGUGGCUGGCUUGGUCUGUCUAGAACUCUACAAGUUGGUUAACGGAAACAAGAAACUGGAAUCUUACAAGAAUGGUUUCAUCAAUCUUGCUCUACCGUUCUUUGGAUUCUCAGAACCAAUACCAGCGGCGACACAAAAAUAUUACGACAAAGAGUUCUCUCUGUGGGAUCGCAUUGAAAUUCAAGGUGUUCUUGCAGACGGAGGAGAGAUGAAUCUGGAACAAUUCUUGGAUCACUUUCAGAAUGAGCUCGGUCUAGAGAUCACAAUGAUGUCACAGGGUGUCUGUAUGUUAUAUUCAUUCUUCAUGUCUCCAGUCAAGCGCAAGGAACGCUUGACUUUGAAGAUGUCCGAUGUUGUUACCAAGGUCUCAAAGAAGAAGAUUCCCAAACAUGUCCGCCAUCUUGUCUUGGAGGUUUGUUGUAACGAUCGUGAUGGUGAAGAUAUCGAGGUUCCCUACGUACGCUACACGUUCCGCUGAGUAUCGGCUCAUAUCAAUAAUCGAUUAUCGUCAACCCCUCCUUUCAUAUCAAUGUAGCUUGGCGUCAGUGUUGGAGUUUUGGGCGCUAAAAAUUGCUAAGCAGGCAAGAAUGGUUAAGCGGGAAAAGCAGUCAUACAUUACAUUUCUGAUGAUAAAUUAUUUGUUUUCAGCUUAAGUUAAACGAGGUCACUACUCAAUGCGUGAUCUCUUGGUCCUGUAUAUUGUUAUCACGAUGGCAGCCAUCUUCUUGUUGUUGUCUAAUUCACAUUAAUGUAACCAUAAUGAGGGUGGAAGGUCAGAUUGAUCCAAUUAUUGUACGGUACAACCUCGUUCCCAGGGGAGAUCUAUCUCGCUGUGCAUUUUUCCCCAGCAUAACCCCUGGAUUUUGUUCAUUGAAAUGUGCUAGAAUCUAGCACAUUUUAAUUAGGCCUGUGAUCGAUCCUUUCUACGCGCGCAUGUCUUAAAGAAUGUUUUUAGUUUUUAAAAAAGGUGUUUGUGCCACAAAAAACGCAGGUGUGAUCAAACAUUUAACUUAAAACUCUGUGCGUGGCACUUGACAUCUAAAGCAUUACUAAUUUCAUGAGUCAAUUAGUGGUGUUUCUCGGUACAUCCCUUCCAGGGGGUUAGUGACGAGAGCUAUCGAUAUGGCGCGCUGCACAUUGUAGCGGGGCUGUUUACGGAAAGAUUUGGAAUUAAUUUCAUUGGGACAUCGUGACGGAAACAAUGUCGACGGUCUUUCAUAGACUGGAUAAGCUGAAAAUAUUGCAUUUAAGUUUAUUUGCUAAGCGGAAAAAGGGAGGGGCUAUUGACAAGCAGUGUGAAAGUUUACACAGUGACUGGUUUACCAGUUUAAGCAAGAUUUUUCUGCUCAGCAAAUUUGUGUGCAUGGUAGCUCUGAGUAUUGGCGCUGGUUCACUUCAGAUCAGGUGCGUUUAAUGAUUUCAAUCAGAGAUGUGUAUAAAUUAAUCAGUGGGGCUUACUCUUACUAUGUUUCAGCUAUUAAUCAAUUCAAUUUUUUUUUGUAUGAGGUCAGUUGAAAUCUACCGACUUUUUAUAAUAGUCAGGAGCUGUUUUGUUUCUGACCCCAUCUUUGAAGGUCAAAGGUCAUGUGCUGAGCGGCAUCGGAGACGAUGAUUUAAGAAACAGAGGAUGAGAGUUUCAAGUCCCUUUGGAAUUAUCUUUCCAUAGUUGUCCAGAUGAGCACAAAAUUAGAAACAAAUUAGUUGUAUACAAUACUAUGGUUUUUUCCGUUGUCGAUCACGUUUUUUUUUGUUAACAAAUGUUAUUUGUGUUGUACUUGUUUUUAGAGAACAGGGGAAGAUUUGCUAUAAGCAGCUUGUUUUGUGUUGUAAGAGAUCACUGUAAGUGACUGCCUCAUAUAAUGCAUGUACAUGUUAUACCGAGUGUGUGAAGAGACAGACAUUAUGUCCCUAGUCAAAUACAACAAUAGAAAAAUAUAAUCUCUACAAUUAAAGCCCUAACCUGCGCUGUCUUGGAUUGAAAUUGGAAGGUCUUUUGGUAUAUAGAUGUUAAAUUUUCUCGGGGCCAAAGAAUAUUAAUUUUGGUUUUAUCCUUUCACCGAUGUGUUUAAGGACUGUUUACUCGGAACUUUCCUCCUGAGUCCUGUGCGAAAAAUUACAGGCAUUUUACUCGGCUGUGAUAAUACUUUCAAUAUUCUUAAUCCUUGAUGCAAAUUUAACAUCUAACAUAUCGUUGCGGCAUCUGCUACUUAUACAUAGGAUUCGAACUGCCUUCUUGGCUACCGGGCUAUCUCGGUGGUCUAGUUGGUAGGCACUGCUCUGUGGGUUCAAAUCCCACCUGAGUAAAAUGCCUGUAUUUUUGGUUCACAAGACUCGGUAAAGAACUGUGUAUAACAGUGCUAACAAAAACUAACAAAUUUAGAUUAUAAAAAUAUAACAUCAAAAUUCUGAGGUUGGAGAUAUAGUUUUGGAAACAACUACAACCUAUCAUGAACUCCAAUCCUUCAAUAUCCAACUUCAUGUUUUGCUUGAUUACGAGACUGAGUACUGCGCUAAGUAAACUAGAUUAUGCUUAGAUACAUACUGCCGGUAUCAGAGUCCAACAGUUUGGAUGUAGAAUUAACAAUCAAUCAAUCAAAAAAAAUAUACAUGUAAAUAGGGCCAAAA